AUGUUUGGCAAAGAUCGUCGUAAGACAAUAAAUCCAGGUCGACAAUCGACUGCAAGAACUCCAACAAAACCCAGAUUUACAGACGUUCUUCCAUCAACUGGAAAAAAGUUGGUUUUUUAAAAAUUAAGAUUUAAUUUUUUAAAUUUGUUCUUCAGGUCUGUACAUACGGAUGGUCGAAUGAGUUUGAAUAGAACUUCUGGGGCGAGAUUGUCGCUUUUUCAAAGACCUUCCAUUGCUCCACCAAAAGUUAGUUUGAAACGAUAGUUGGAAGUUUUUUGAUUUUUAUAUUUGAUUUUUCAGGACGUAAAAGCUCUUGCGCCUGUCAACACCAGUAAAAUCUACAAAUUUCUGCUCGAACAAGAAAAAGACAAUGCUCCGCCUGAAAAACAAAUCAGAAAUCCAGCGGGUCGACAGGAUUUUUCGCUUAUCUUCGAAUUAAUUUAUCAACAUUUGAGUCCGGAUUUCGAAAUCGAUAAACAUGCUCGAAUCGAAGACGAAGUUAUUCCAAUUCUCAAAGGUCUUGGUUAUCCACAUCCGCUCAAAAACAGCUAUUUUCAACCGAUUGGUUCACCGCAUAAUUAUCCACAUUUAUUAGAAGCAUUAGCAUGGCUUGUUGAAGUUGUUGAAGUGGCACACGGUGUUCGUCAAUCAGCACAAUAUGUUUUGACUGGGGAUUUUACGAAUGGAAAUAGUGCAUAUAAACCAUUGAUGUAUAGUUGGUUGGGAACGGUUUAUCGAGAAUAUACAAAUGAUCGAAAUCGAUUGAAAGAUCCUAAUUUUGCUGAAGAUAAAAAACGGGUAUUACAUGAGUUUUUUGAGAGCAAUGAAGAUAUUGAAGGGGAAGUUGAGGUGACAAAGGCGGCAUUGGAACAAUUGAAUUUUGAAUGCCUUGAAAUCGAAUCGAAUGUGAGUUGAUUUUUACAUAUGAUUUUUAGUUCAUUGUGGAAUCUCGAUAUUUUUUUAAACACAAAUUUACAAGCAUUCGAACAUUCCCCACUGAAAAAUUUCAGCUUUCACAAAACUCAAUUUUUGUGAAUUAGAUAUUUUUAGAGUAUAGUUUUUUUUUCAACUUUGGAUGAAUCAUACUCACACCUCGGCCAAGCCGUGGCUGGCCAGAGUACAAUUUUUGGAAAAAUCUGAAUUUCAGUUUUUAGAGGUCAAAAAUUGAAAAAUCACAAAUUUUAGAGGACAAAAACUGAAAAAUUCACAAUUUUUGCACUGUAAAAAGUUAGCGUACAAUUUUUUAUUUCGGAAACCACGAAUUUGGCCGAGGUGUGAUCAUACUCGGAUUAUGAACCGCUUUCAUUCAGAAUCUAUAAAGAUUUUAAAAAUUCUAAUCUUUUUAGAAAGGGGUUGAACAACAAUACAAAGAUGAAUUGAAUCGAUUAUCAGAUGAUACAAGAAAAGCAAACGAUUAUAAUCAAUUGUGCAUUGCACAAUGCGAAAAAGCUGAAGAAGAACAUGCUAAAACAUCUGAAAUUGUUGCCAAAAAAAUCGGAAGAAUUUGAGAGAUUAAAGGGCGAAAUUGAAUCGAUCAAAUCAAGAAUCGAAAUUCAAAAAGAAAAUCACGGAUUAUCCGGAGAAGAUGUUCGAAAAAUGAAUGGAGAAUCGAGAAAAAAUAGAGAAUUGAUCAAUGAAAAAAGAGGACUAUUGGAAGAAUUAUCGAAACAAGUUUGGUUGAUUUCGGAUAAAAAUCGAGAAACUUUCAGCGAACAAAAAGAAUUAUUUGUUAAAGUUUUGAGAAUGAUUGAUGAUUUGACGGCUGGAAUUGAAUUGGAAUUGCAAGGAUUUGGAAUGCCAACUACUGAAAAGUAAGUUAUUUGUAUAAAAACUUUUUUAAACAUAACAUUUGCAAAAGAUAGAUUUUCUGAACAUAAAACUUAAUGAUUUCCAAUAUAAAAUGUGAAUCGGGGGAUCUGAACUCUGAUUAUAAAUUUUUAAAAAUAAAAGUUAUAUAAUAUUUGGAAAAAAACUUUCCUCGAAAUUUCAUAUCCAAAAGUUUUUCAUUGAUAAAUUUUCGAACCCGCUAAAUAAAUAACAACUUUUUGAAAAAUACCAAUAUUUAUCUACAGAGAACUUGCAUUGGAAAUCGAUAGAAUGAUCAAUGAAUUUAUUCCUCGUUUCACCGAAAAACUCAACGAAAAAAGUUUGCAAUUGGAAAAACAAGAAGCUCUUAUUGCUCAAAAUUUGGAAACAAUCAAAGAGAAACUCGAAAUAGAAACGGAAAAAUUGGAAGAAUUGCAGAAAUUGAAUUUGAGAGAGGAAAGAAUCAGAAGAAAUGAAAGAGAAGAAUGGAAAGAAAAUCGAGUAUUAUUGGAAAAAAAGAUUGAAGAAGUGGAAAAUGAGAAAGAAUUAAUUUGUGAAAAUAUGAAAGCUGUUCAACAACUCGAUCAAGAAAUUGAAAAAGAAAAUGAGAAUAUGAGAAAAAAUACUGAAGUUCAACAAAGGAAAUGUGAGCAAUUUGAGGAGAAAAUUGUGAUUAAAGUGGCUGAAUUAGCAAAAGAAAUGAUGAAUCUUGAAGUGAGUUUUUUACAUUGGGAAAUUAUUUAUCAACAAAAAACAUUGGACAAGUUAGCGGAAAGCUUCAAAUCAAAAAAUUUUCUAAAAAAGUUACUAGAUAAAUUCAAAACAUUUUUGGAUUUUUCAUUCUAAAAUGCACUUAGCUUAGUUUUUCUCAAGCUUUUAUUAAAAUAGCUAGGGAUCCGGAAAAAACAUCAGAAUAGUUUCAAAUUUUCUUUUAAAAAAAUUAAAUGUUUCAUCUUUUUCUGAAAAUUCAAAUUUCAUCGACAGAAAUUUUUUUCGAUUUUUUGAAUUGCUAAGCUAUGGAAUGUUCUCCUGUUCUAUAUUUUUGUUUGAAAUUUAUUCAAAAUUAAAAUUUUCAGAACGAACGAUUUGCGGUGCUCAAUUUCGCCGAAAACAUUGCCCAAACGGCAAAAUCCUUGAAAAAUAAAGACUAA